ACCUAUGUUUCCUCUCAGGCAAACCCUAGGAGCCUUCUUCUCUUAGCUAAGCUGCCUCUUGUCCGCUUUCCUCUCUGAGCUCCGAGCGUUUUGUGCCAAUCCGUGGAAAUGGCGUUCAAGAGGUACGUGGAGAUAGGAAGAGUGGCUCUGGUCAACUACGGAAAGGAUUAUGGAAAGCUUGUCGUGAUCGUCGACGUCGUCGACCAGAACAGGGCUCUGGUUGAUGCCCCUGAUAUGGUGAGGACACAAAUGAACUUGAAGAGGUUGUCUCUGACUGAUAUAAAGAUCGACAUCAACAGGGUGCCUAAGAAGAAGAAUUUGAUCGAAGCAAUGGAUAAAGCUGAUGUGAAAAACAAAUGGGAGAACAGUUCCUGGGGUAGGAAGUUGAUUGUGCAGAAGAGAAGGGCUUCACUCAAUGAUUUUGACAGGUUCAAGAUCAUGUUGGCUAAAAUCAAGAGGGCGGGUGUUGUUAGACAGGAGCUUUCGAAGCUCAAGAAAGAGAGUGCCGCCUGAUAAGUUUGUCAUCGAUCAAAUCAUUAGAAACUCAGCAACUCUGAUUUGGAUUUCGUUAGUAUGAUGAGAUGGUUAAGUUUAGAACGUCUGUGUUAAAUUUUGCUGGUUUGUACCAUCUCUGAUUCAAUCGUUCUCUUUAUUGCUUUUUGGUAUCUUUUGAGAGCAUGUUUUUUUUAAAACUAUUUAUGCCCUGUGAUUUCAUCCAACAAUCAUCACGGAACCUGUGUUGUUUACGCAUGCUUUCACAUAGUUUUGUUUGAUUUGGUCAUUAUGCCCUUUGAUUUCUUC